AAUUCACAGUUUCUCGGUUACGGAAUGCAGGGGUCCGAGCAGACCUCCAGGAAAAGCCGUCCCAGUUUUGAUUUGAGGGAUCCUGGGAAUUUUGAAGCCCGUCUUAGGGCAAUGAUAGCAGCACAGGAUAGCGGCGAACAGGAGAGACAGAGGAUCCAGAGAAAAGCAGAGCUGGCCAGGAAUUUGAAGACAGGGACAUAUAGCGAAAAGACCCAGAGACUCAGACAGGCCAUAGAGGCAGCCGGUUAUAAACACCGGAAGACUAUACAAGAAUAUCAGCCUAACAAAAGAUACAAUUACGCUAAGCAGCUCAAAGAGCUGAGGCAGGCCGUUGAGGCAGACAAGAAAAGAGCAGAGAUGAACAAGUUGAAUCUUGAAGAGAUUAAACGACGUUUAGAGAUGGGAGAAGCAGGCAGGAAAAAGGCUAAGAAGAGAAAGAGAGAGGAGGAUAGUGAGCAGAUACAGAAAAAGAAAAAGAGAGAAGACAAAAGAGAAGAGUGUGAUCCAGUCCCAUUCACCAGCAGAGCCACUUCUGUUUUAACAGACAGACCAGGAGGUCCAGGAGAACGACUUAGUUCAAGCAGUUCAGCGUCUGAUAUCUCCUUAUUAGAUGCUCAACUUAACGAGCUGCUGGGUUUUGGAUCAGUUGAGACAGGCAGGAAAAAGGCUAAGAAGAGAAAGAGAGAGGAGGACAGUGAGCAGAUACAGAAAAAGAAAAAGAGAGAAGAUGAAAGAGAAGAGUGUGCUCCAGUCCCAUUCACCAGCAGAGCCAGUUCUGUUUUAACAGAUAGACCAGGAGGUCCAGGAGGACGACUUAGUUCAAGCAGUUCAGCUUCUGAUAUCUCCUUAUUAGAUGAUCAACUUAACGAGCUGCUGGGUUUGGGACCAGUUGAGACAGACAGGAAAAAGGAUAAGAAGAGAAAGAGAGAGGAUGACAGUGAGCAGAUACAGAAAAAGAAAAAGAGAGAAGACGAAAGAGAAGAGUGUGCUCCAGUCCCAUCCACCAGCAGAGCCAGUUCUGUUUUAACAGAUAGACCAGGAGGUCCAGGAGAACGACUUAGUUCCAGCAGUUCAGCUUCUGAUAUCUCCUUAUUAGAUGAUCAACUUAACGAGCUGCUGGGUUUGGGACCAGUUGAGACAGACAGGAAAAAGGAUAAGAAGAGAAAGAGAGAGGAGGACAGUGAGCAGAUACAGAAAAAGAAAAAGAGAGAAGACGAAAGAGAAGAGUGUGAUCCAGUCCCAUUCACCAGCAGAGCCACUUCUGUUUUAACAGAUAGACCAGGAGGUCCAGGAGAACGACUUAGUUCCAGCAGUUCAGCUUCUGAUAUCUCCUUAUUAGAUGAUCAACUUUACGAGCUGCUGGGUUUGGGACCAGUUGAGACAGGCAGGAAAAGUGUGCAGCUGGGUUGUGAACCACUUGAGAGUGAAAAAAGGAUAGAGACAGGCAGGGAAAAGGCUGAGGAGAGUAAGAGAAAGGAGUACUGUGAGGAGAGAAAGAGAGUAGAAGAAAGAGACAUUGGUGCUGUACCAUCCACUAGCAGAUCCAGUCCCAAACGGACAAUAAUCAAGGGACUGAUAAUGAUGAAAAUGGCGAAGGACGUUCAGUUCUAUCACAGUUACUGCAAGAAAACACCUGAAGCCUUGCCAGUAGCUGGUCCAACUAGAAGAAAGCCGAGAUAUAAAGGGCGCGUUUAAACCGUAUUUUACGGUAUUCGCGUGUGCAGCGCACUCGGAGAAUAUUUAGAUAAAAAAAAACUUUCAGUAGUUCAGCUUGUGGGGUUCAUGUCCCCAUGGGUGUGGUAGUGGGCAUAGACAUCUUAUACUUAGACGCCGCACCGCCCCGUCUAUUUGAGGUGACGUCAGUGUUGCCAACUCACAGUAAGGAAAGUAGCUGCUGGCUGUCCUAAAAGUCCCUAGAAGUCGCUAAAUGACGUCAUUACCUAAUUUGCAUAAUACAUGUUUUUGAAGCUGUAAAGGAUUAAGGUUGUGGGAGAGAAAAAAAGUGAGUAAAAAACACCAUAAAUAUGUUAGAAAUGUUACAAAUGAACAACAAAAAAAAAACCUUUUUAAAUAGGACGUCACUUUUGUUUACAAUAACUUCAUUUUUACAUGAAUUACAUAAAUUAGUUUUUUGCCAUGUUCUUAAGGAGGACAGGAACUGAAGAGCGCGUGUUUAUCUCAGAGUCGCCAAAAGUCUCCAAUAACACCACAAAAACUCGCUAGAUUUGUCGCUAGUCGCUUUUUUUUUUUACCAAAAAAGUCGCUAGAGGGUAUGAAAAGUCACUAAAUUCAUAGUUUGUCUAUAUAACAAGCACUUAGAAACUCUGUAAUGAUAAUAAUAAAUGUGUAAUAUAAAUUAUAGUUAUAUCUAUACAUUAUAAUUCUCAUAGUCUUACUUCUAUUUACUGCUAUCUUACUAUCUACAAUGUAUUAUAACUGUUAGUAGUAGUAUUAUAUUUGCAUAAUAAAACGUUACUUUGACCCUGUCAGCUCUGUAUUCAAUCAGCUCUGUACUUUUAAAUUAAGAGGAGCAACUUCUCCAAACAUUACAGCACGGUAUUUUGGGUCGCGGUUUUUUACAUCAUCGUUAGCAUAGUUCUAUAAAAAUGUUAUUUUCUAAAGCUAUGAACAGAUUAUUAUCUUAUGGAUCAAAUGGCAGAAAAUCCGUUCUUUGUAAAAAAGAACAUGGUCCAUGUCAUAAUCGAAAACGGCUUGGGAAUACAUUUAUUAUUAGUUCAAAGACAGAUGUUUGAAGUGAUAUUACUGUAUCAUUUUGGAGUAAUUGGAUACCAAAAAUGUCUAUUAGGUUUUGUAUUAAAGGGAUUUCGGAGUGCUAUAAAACCCCAAAAAUCUAAUUGUUGUUAAAUCAGAACAUGAAAUCCUUAAGGAAUACCUUCCAUACUAUUUAGGUCAUGCAUGUAUACUGAUUUUACAGUAUCAUUUUGGAGUAAAUGAAUACCAAACUUAGGAAGAACGUAUAUUCGGUUGUGCAUAAACCAGAUUUCAGAGUCCUAUAAAACCUGCAAAUCAAAUUGUUAUCCAAUGAAACCAAGAAAGUCUUGAAGAAAACAUUCCAUACUAUUAAUGACACGAGUAACAAAUGAUAUUACUUUAUCAUUUUGGAGUAAUUGGAUACCAAACUUAGGAAAAAUGUCUAUUCAGUUGUGCAAAAACCUGAUUUCAAAGUCCUGUAAAACCAGCAAAUUAAAUUAUCAAAUGCUACCAAGACAGUCUUGAAGAACACAUUCCAUACUAUUAUUGACAUGAGUAACAAGUGAUAUUACUGUAUCAUUUUGGAUUAAUUGGAUACUACACUUUGAUAUGUUGGUUUAACAAUUUGAUAUGCUGGUUUUAAAGGACUCUGAAAUUUGGUUUAUGCACAACCGAAUAGACAUUUUUUCUAAGUUUGGUAUUCAAUUAUUCCAAAAUGAUACAGUAAUAUCACUGGAUACUCAUAACAUUAAUAGUAUAGAAUGUGUUUUUCAAGACCGUAUUAGUGGCAUUGGAUAACAAUUUGAUUUACUGGUUUUAUGGGACUCUGAAAUCUGGUUUAUGCACAACCGAAUAGACAUGUUUCCUAAGAUUGGUUUUCAAUUAUUAAAAAAUGAUACAGUGAUAUCACUUGUUACUCAUGUAAUUAAUGCUAUGGAAUGUGUUCUUCAAGGCUGUCUUGGUUUUUUGGAUAUCAAUUUAAUUUGCUGGUUUUAUUGAACUCUGAUAUCUGGUUUAUGUACAACCGAAUAGACAAUUUUUCUAAGUUUGGUAUCCAAUUACUCCAAAAUAAUAGAGUAAUAUUCUGUGUUACUCAUGUCCUUAUUAUUAUGGAAUGUUUUGUUUAAGGCUGUCUUGGUUUUAUUGGAUAACAAUUUAAUUUGCAGGUUUUAUAGGACUCUGAAAUCUGGUUUAUGUAAAAGCGAAUAGACAUUUUUCCUAAGCUUGGUAUCCAAUUACUCUAAAAUGUUACAAUAAAAUUACUUGUUACUCAAGCCAUUAAUAGUAUGAAAUGUGUUCUUCCAGACUGUCUUAGUGUCAUUGGAUAACAAUUUGAUUUGCUGGUUUUACAGGACUCUGAAAUGUGCUUUUUGCACAACCGAAUAGACAUUUUUCCUAAGUUUGGUAUUUAUUUACUCCAAAAUGAUACAGUAAUAUCACUUGAUAAUUGUGUCAAUAAUAGUAUAGAUUGUGUUUUUCAGGACUUUUUCAGUGGCAUUGGAUUACAAUUUGAUUUGCUGGUUUUAUAUGACUCUGAAAUCUGGUUUAUGCAAAAGAAAAUAGAAUAAUUGGAUAAGUUUGGUAUCCAAUUACUCCAAAAUAAUACAUUAAUAUCACUUUUUACUCAAGUUACUGAUAGUAUAGAAUGUGUUCUUCAAGACUGUCUUGGUGGCAUUGGAUAACAAUAUGAUUUGCUGGUUUUACAGGACUCUGAAAUGUGGUUUAUGCACAACUGAAUAGACAUUUUCCUAAGUUUGGUAUUCAAUUACUCCAAAAUGAUACAGUAUAAUCACUUGAAAUGCAUGACAUUAAUAGUAUGGAAGGUAUUCUUUAAGGAUUUCAUGUUCUGAUUUGAUAACAAUUAGAGUUUUAUAAUUUAUAGCACUCCGAAAUCUCUUUUAUACAAAACCGUAUAGACAUUUGUGGUAUCCAAUUAUUUCAAAAUGAUACAGUAAUAUCACUUCAAACAUAUAUCUGGGAUACAUGAGAAUAAGGUCUUAAAGAAUUUAGUGCUGUGAAAUGAUAACAAUUUGAUUUGCUUAUUUAAUAGCACUCCAAACAUUUCCAAAACGUUAUACUGUUCUACAGAUAAGCAGUGGUCUUUCUGGUGUAUAUUUGUGGAUUAGACCUCGUUAAAUCAGGUUUAUUUAGAUGUAAAACUAGUUUCUGAUCCAUUUUCAGUCUCUGCGCGAGAAGCGCCAGUCUCUGCUCCUCGGGGUGCGCUGUGCACGCGGCUACACUGUAAAACAUUUUAAGUUGGUUAAACUCAGCAACAUAAGUUCCCCUGCUGCCUUAAAAAGCUGAGUUAACUCAACUUGAUGAAAACAUUUGUAUGAACUCAAGAUGUUAAGUUAAACAAGUUGUUCAAAUACUCAUUACUUAUUGUUUCAACUUGAUGCACUGAGUUAAAACAACUCAAGUGUUUAAUUUGUCCUUUUUUAAAAAAUGUUCUGUUUAGUCAAAUAAACUAACAAU